UAGUCAGUCUUCCUGUCUGUACAGAGCGGCGCGUGCUCCACGCGAGCGACGGACACGCUCCAGCUGUGCUCUCAGGAUGACCCAGUGGGAGACAGGAGCACCAGCGGCAGCAGAGACCCCUGACAGCAAGCUCUUUGGGAAGUGGUGCACCGAUGAUGUGCAGCUCAAUGACAUUUCCCUGCAGGAUAACAUUGCAGUGAAGGAGAAGUAUGCCAAGUACCUGCCUCACAGUGCAGGGCGGUAUGCCGCGAAACGCUUCUGCAAAGCUCAGUGCCCCAUCGUGGAGCGCGUCACUAGCUCCGUGACGAUGCAUGGCCGCAGCGAUGGCAAGAAGCUCACGACUGCGCGCAUCGUCAAGCAUGCCUUCGAUUUCAUCCACCUGCUCACAGGCGAGAACCCUCUGCAGCUCCUGGUGAACGCCGUCAUCAACACUGGUCCCCGGGAGGACUCCACGCUCAUGGGGCGAGCCGGGACUGUGAGACGACAGGUUGUGGACGUGUCCCCACUGCCCCGGGUGACUCAGGCCAACUGGCUGCUGGGCGCAGGCGUUCAUGAGGCUGCCUUCCGGAACAUCAAGACCAUUGCUGAGUGCCUGGCAGAUGAGCUCAUCAGUGCCGCCAAGGGCUCCUCCAACUCCUAUGCCAUCAAGAAGGAGGACGAGCUGGCGCGUGUGACCAAGUCCAACCACUGACUUUCCCAGCUGCUGCCCAAUAAACCUGUCUGCCCUUUGGGGCAGCCCCAC